AAUAUCUGUCACGAUAAGAUUGAUUAUUUUUUUUUAAUUUUUUAUCAAAAAUGCCAAAAAUGCCUGACACACCUAUAAAACCGCAACAUAAAAUUAGUUUUAAGUCUACGUUAGCGAUUGGAUCGCUAUUUACUGGCGGUAAGGCAUCGAUUACACCCGAUGAACAACAUUUGAUUACGACAAUUGGAGAAGAUAUUGACGUUACUGAUAUUCAAAAUGGAAAAAUAUUGUUCCGAUUAAAUGGUGAUACUGAAAUCAUUACAACCUUUAUUAUAACACCAAAUGGGAAAUAUUUAAUAAGUUCAUCACGUAGCCUUACAGUUAAAACAUGGGACUUGAAAACAGGAAAAUGCAUGAGAUCAUUCAAGGCACAUGAAGCACCUGUAAUUGUAAUGGAUGUUGAUGAAUCAUCAACUUUAGUUGCAACAGGAUCAGCUGAUAGUACAAUAAAAAUAUGGGAUAUAGAGAGAGGGUAUUGUACACAUAAUUUUCGUGGACAUGGGGGAAUUAUAAGUUCAUUAAAAUUUUGGAAAGAUGAUUCUAAAUGGAUGUUAAUUUCUGGUGCCGAUGAUUGUAAUAUUCGUAUAUGGGAUUUGUCGAAAAGAAAUUGUGUGGCUGUAUUGAAAAGUCACGUCAGUAUAAUUCGUGGAUUAGGCGUAUCUAAUGAUGGCAAAUAUUUAAUAAGCGGAUCAAGAGAUAAAGUUGUAAAUCUUUGGGAUUUGAAUAAGAACAAAUUGAUUAAAACAUUUCCCAUAUAUGAGACAAUUGAGACAAUAGGAAUAUUAAAUCCUGAUACUUUCAUAUCCGAAAUUGAAAAUAGUAUUGGUAGAGAAUUAUUUUAUACUGGUGGCGAUAAUGGAAUUAUAAGAAUAUGGGAUCUUCAAAGUGGCAAACUUGUUAAAGCACAGGAUCCCGAAAAGAACGCGAAAUAUGGUAUUUCAGACAUCAUAUAUCUUCGCAAAAGCAAUUGUUUGGUAGCCAUAACUACGGACCAAAAUAUACUAUUUUAUAAUAUAUCUUCCGGUUUAAAAAGAAUAAAACAAAUUGUAGGCCAUAAUGAUGAAAUAAUAGAUCUCGUCUAUGUAGGUCCAACAGAAUCACAUUUGGCUAUAGCAACGAAUACAGAACAAAUUCGUUUAUUUAAUAUAGAUUCAUUUGAUAAUAAUAUUAUUUAUGGUCAUAAAGAUAUUGUGAUUUGUUUAGCAAAAUCUUUUGAUGGAAAAUUUUUAAUAUCAGGAUCAAAAGAUAAUACUGCAAGAUUAUGGAAAAUUAAUGUUGAAUCAUAUGAAGCGGAGGAAAGAAUUAAAGGAAGUGGAAUUUGUGUUGGACAUACUGAAGCUAUUGGAGCUGUUGCUUUACCUAAUAAAAGUUUAAAGUUUUGUAUAACUGGAAGUCAAGAUCGGACUGUAAAAUAUUGGGACCUAUCUCAAGCAGAUCUGUCAAAGUGCGAAGAAGAGUAUAGACCAAAAGCAUUAUAUACACAUCAAGCACAUGAAAAAGAUAUAAAUUCAAUAUCUAUUUCAUCAAAUGAUAAAAUGUUCGCAACAGGAUCACAAGACAAAACUAUUAAAAUUUGGUCGGUUUCUGAUGGAAAAUUAUUGGGAACUUGUACGGGACAUAAAAGAGGUGUUUGGUGUGUACAAUUCUCGCCAGUUGAUUAUACUAUCGUAUCAAGUUCCGGUGAUAAAACCAUCAAAAUUUGGUCAACAAAUGAUUUUUCUUGUUUGAAAACAUUUGAAGGACACACAAAUACAGUGUUAAGAGUCUCAUUUAUAACUUCAGGUUUACAACUCAUAUCAAGUGGAUCCGACGGUUUGAUUAAAUUAUGGAAUUGUAAAUCAAAUGAAUGUGUAACUACAUUAGAUAAUCAUACAGAAAAAAUUUGGGCAUUAACUAUACGAAAAGAUGAAAAUUUUGUUGCUUCGGGUGGUGGUGAUUCUUUAAUAAAUUUAUGGCAAGAUUGUACUAUUGAAGAAAUGGAAGCCCGUGUUAAGGAAGAGGAAGAAUUAAUUUUAAAGGAACAAGAUUUGUCAAAUUAUUUGUUAAAGAAAGAUUAUAAGAACGCGAUUAUGCUUGCCAUAUCAUUGAAUCAACCAUUUAGACUUUUAAAUCUGUUUACCGAAGUUCUUAAUAACAGAGCUGAAGGAGAUAAGAGUAUUACAGGAUCUGAAUCAAUCGAUAACAUAAUUGCAACACUUUCAAAAGAAAAUCUAGAACAAGUACUAAAAUAUAUUCGAGAUUGGAAUACAAAUGCAAAAAAUUAUCGUACAUCUCAAACUAUUUUACAUGCUAUCGUCAAAUCUUUUUCAUCACAAGAUUUAUUGGAAAUUAAUGGAAUUAAAGAUAUAUUGGAUGGAAUAUUAUCAUAUACGGAAAGACAUUAUCAACGUUUGGAUAGGUUAAUUACAGAUUCUUACAUUGUUGAUUAUUCAUUACACUCUAUGGAUUUAUUAGGUCCUUUAGAACAAAACUUUAUGGAAGAGGAUUAAUAAUUAACAAAAUAAAGGAUAAAAUUAUUUAUUUUAAUCAUUAUACUAAAUAAUAAUUAAGUUUAUGUAAAAAUUUAUA